UGACUGGACAACCACAAGUGCGCAUCCAGCAAAGGAUAAACCAGAAGAAGCAGGAUGACAAAGUUUAUGGCGGUGUUGCACAAUUGUCACCGUCUCCAGAUAGCGUAUCUGAAUGUACCUACGGCAGGGUUAUUUGAAGGUGAUUAGGUGGGCCAUAUUUCAGAUUAGAUCCAAGAUGGCAGGGAGGCAUUGUCAUCAACUGAGGGAGGAAAACACUGAUCCUAGAGGAAUAUCCUAGAGUAGGCAAAGUGGGAGCUGAUGCUCUGUAAACAGUGAUGAAGAGACAGAGGUCCUGGGGAAAUUGGGAGCUUGUGGAAAGCAACACAGAUGACAACACAGACAACAGUGAACAGGAUGAGUCCUCGUCCCCGAGGUCGUCUUGGUCGCUGGAAGUGAGCUCCUCUCAGGGCAGUGGGAUCUCUGUAUGAGGUUGCCUCAUUGUUUGGGGACAGCCAUUAGCCCCCUUCUCUCUGAGGCUGCUCAUCUGGGACAUUGGCCAGCGGUAGGCUGACAGCAGUACUCUGGCAGUCUGUAUACAGGUCAGGAGAUAACAGACACCACAGCCAGGCAGGGAGCGAGCUACGAAAUGAAAGCAAAAGACAAGUGAGAGACAGUCGUGUGGAAGUUUGCGACAGUCUACUUCAAAGAAGAGACGACGCACGACGGACCGUGAGACUAUUGGGGAAAUCGAGCAGGAAAAACUAGCGGACACCAUGAACUACGUGGGCCAGCUGGCAGGUCAGGUUCUGGUGACUGUCAAAGAGCUGUACAAGGGCAUUAAUCAGGCCACGCUGUCGGGCUGCAUCGAUGUUGUGGUCGUCCGCCAGAGAGAUGGCACCUACCAGUGCUCACCGUUCCACGUGCGCUUCGGCAAGCUGGGUGUGCUCCGCUCCAAGGAGAAAGUGAUCGACAUCGAGGUGAAUGGAGAGCCCGUAGACCUGCACAUGAAGCUCGGUGACAACGGAGAGGCCUUCUUUGUCCAGGAAUCAGAGCAGCAGAACCAGAUUGUCCCUGCCCACCUGGCCACCUCCCCAAUCCCCACUGAGAGUCAUCUGUUCUGGAUCUCCGAGGUGGAGAACCAAAGGGCCCCCAAAGACCUGGACCCCGUUGACCCGGAGGACCCACCGGAGCCUCCCGCUCCCAGCACCGUGGCCACAAAGAAGAAGAAAAGACGGAGAAAGAAGCACAAAGGAGACCCCCGUAGAGAGGAGCUGACCCCACCGAUGUCAGUGACCACUGGUAACGCCGCCGCCAACACACCCGCUGCUACAACUGCUGCUACAUCCGGCCCUGGGCAAAAUGAAGAGAUAUUUGAGAUGGACCUGAGCUCUGACGAUGAACCCGCAGCACAUGUCUCGAGGUCACCUUCAGUGUCCACAAUGCGUGACAUUGACCCCAAAUUACCCGCGGCCAGGCACAACCUCGAUGGUUACGCAAUGUCUGAUGGGGACUGGCCAGCAAGUGACAGUCAUGGCUUGUCUCAAGCCUUUUCCCCAAAGAGUGACUCUGAGCUGCUGGUGAGCCCCUCGGAGAGUCUGCUCAGAGCAGAGUCCCACAUGCAGUGGACCUGGGGAGAGUUUCCCGAAACAACCAGGGUCCCCAAGAAAGAGAAACCAGAACUGCUUAAAACCGUGACCAUCACUCCGACUGAGAGCACCCACUUCCGCGUCAUCCUCAGCUCGGAGGCCAUGGCGAACGAAACGGAGGCUGAGAAGAAUGACGGUGCCUCCUCGUCCUCCACCUCCUCCUCAGUGUGCGCCAUCGUCAAGCCUCAGCCGCGCACCCCUAUCACAGCUGUAACAGCUGUGAGUCCACUAUCACCCGACAGCACCAUUACCUCCAUGAGUCCCAUAACCCCCACAGAGACCCUGGAUGUGCUGCCGUCCAGCGUGUCGACCUCCACCCCUGCCAACAGCCAACUGUGUGACUCACCCUCCAAGAAGAAAGGUGUCCCAAAGAGGAGCCAGCAUCAGGGUCCUGAGGAUAUCUACCUAGAUGACCUGAAUGUACUUGAACCUGAUGUCGCCGCACGAUAUUUUCCCAAGAGCGAGUCCGAAGCGGCGACUAAGCACUGGAUGGACUCAGAGAUGCACUCUGGUUCACAGUCUCCACAGUCGGUGGGUAGCGCUGCAGCUGACAGCGGGACAGAGUGUCUUUCUGACUCAGCCAGCGAUGUCCCUGACGUUACCCUUUCUCUGUGCGGAGGUCUGACAGAAAACGCUGAAAUAUCCAAAGAAAGGUUCAUGGAGCACAUCAUCACCUAUCAUGAAUUUGCUGAAAAUCCAGCAAUUAUAGAUAACCCCAACCUGGUAGUAAAGAUCGGGAAUAGAUAUUAUAACUGGACACUAGCUGCACCCUUGAUUCUAAGUCUUCAAGCAUUUCAGAAGAAUUUACCAAAGGCUACAGAGGAGGCCUGGGUGAAGGAGAAAAUGCCAAAGAAGUCAGGCCGCUGGUGGUUCUGGCGAAAGAGGGCGGAUAGCACAAUCAAGCAGUCGGAGACAAAGCUCGAAACCAAGGAGGAGUCUCAUUUGGAGGAGGAAGGGGCCUCGAUAUCUCAGGAGAAGCUGGCCUUACAGCCUAAAGCAGGAGACUCAUCCAGUGAUGAAGAAUCCAAGGAGCUGAGCGCCGCAUCGUGUCAAGAGCGACUGCAGCCAGUUGAUACUCAACAUCAUCCCAGCCCACACACUUACAGGAAGUCACUACGCCUUUCUUCUGAUCAGAUAGCCAGUCUGAAACUGAAGGACGGACCGAAUGAUGUGACGUUCAGCAUCACCACUCAGUACCAGGGCACGUGUCGCUGCGAGGGCACCAUCUACCUGUGGAACUGGGAUGACAAAGUCAUCAUCUCUGACAUCGACGGCACCAUCACCAAGUCUGAUGUAUUUGGACAGAUCCUUCCGCAGUUGGGUAAAGACUGGACUCACCAGGGCAUUGCGAAGCUCUACCACUCAGUGGCUGAGAACGGAUACAAGUUCUUGUACUGCUCCGCUCGGGCCAUCGGCAUGGCGGACAUGACGAGAGGUUACCUGCAGUGGGUCAACGACGGCGGCACCAUCCUCCCCCGGGGGCCGCUCAUGCUUUCUCCCAGCAGCCUCUUCUCCGCUUUCCACAGGGAGGUCAUCGAGAAGAAACCAGAGAUCUUCAAGAUUGAAUGCCUUACAGACAUCAAGAACCUGUUCCAGCAUAACAAGCAGCCAUUCUACGCCGCCUUCGGGAAUAGAACUAAUGAUGUGUUUGCCUACAAGGAGGUUGGAGUUCCAGUGUGUCGGAUCUUCACAGUUAACCCCAAAGGAGAACUGAUCCAGGAGCAGACCAAGGGCAACAAAUCCUCUUAUGGCAGACUCAGUGAGCUGGUGGAGCACGUGUUCCCCUUGUUGAGCAAGGAGCAGAACGAGGCCUUCCUGAUGCCAGAGUUCAGCUCUUUCUGCUACUGGAGGCUGCCCAUCCCAGACAUCAACCCCGACGAACUGCUCUGAUCCUGCAGGCAUGGAUACGCAGGUAUACAUGCGAAUGCGGUCGGAAUCUGGACUUGAACGCAUCGCCAGAACACACACGCGGACUGGAACCCAAAUUUCCCCACCGUAGCACUCAGACAUACGCAACUUUGCAGCGACACAGGGUCUUCAACACAAAAAGCUGGUGAACUGUAAUUAGCCAUUAGACACGUGUGGAUAUUAUUACCAGAGCAGUAAAUCCUGAUGAAUGAUCUAUUCAGAAAGUCCCCUGGAAGACAGGGGAAUAAUCACCGACCUGCUAUCCAGUGUAAAGGGAUAGAGAUCGUCUAUUUUCUCUGUAAAUCUACAAUUUCAAGCACACGGGAUGGUCUGUUUUAGCAAUCAGGGGGAGGCACAGGAGCUCCUCCUGACGCACUAGAGUCCGAGUAGUGCAGAAGGAAGUGUUUUCGUCUUUCUCUUCACAUUUCUCACACCCUGAAGACAUUCAAAAUGUUAAUAAAAAAAAACCCCACACACUGUUAAUUAAAGCAGGGCAGGCAAUUAACACCAACGCAGCCACUUACCAGUCGUAUUUUACUGUGGCUGUAUUUUACUGAGGCUUGUAAAAAGGUGAAACAGUGGCUGGUUAAUUAAACCAGCCAGACAUAUACAGUUCACCUAGAGUAGUUAGUUUCCAGUUUUCCCGACUCUGGACCGACUGCAGUGAUUAGUUCACUUUCAGGGGAGGGGAAGAUUUCUCAAGGCCACAUUCUCCAAUAGAGAAUCAACAACCUUCAUAAACAGUGAGUCACGUUUGGUAUUAAAACUAAAGGUCACACAUGGGAUCUGCUUCUUUUUUUUGUUUUUUUGUUUUCUUUUUUUUUUUUCUCCGCCAAGUACAUGAAAAUGCACAGUUAGUUGUGAGUUUAAAAACAAAAUGAAGCAGCUUCGCUGAAUACUGUCUCGCCGUCGUUCCGUUGCGUUCUCUUGAUUCGAGCUCUGGUGUGUUUCGUUAACGAUGCCGUCAUUAUUUAUGAUAACUGGUAUGUUUAAGUUAUUGAUUUCUAUCGUGAUGCCUUUGCUUGUUUGAAAAAAAAAAAGAAAAAAAAAGAAAAUAAUAAUAAUUUAUCACCGAUGCAAUGUGGAAAUACGUCGAGUUGUUAUUUUGAAUGGCUGGUCACGGAAUAACCUGCACUUAACAGUAACUGCUAGGCCUCGUCACGUGUCCCGCGGCGAACCUGCGUCCCCACUUUUUGAUGGUGAGAACGCGUGAGGCGCAUUUCCGAACCUCAAAAUCCGCAGCUUUAAUAUUUAGCGUCAAAUCAGUGGAGGAAAAAAAAAAAAAAACAGGUUGGGAAAGAGCUUAAAAUGAAGGAUGAUGUAAGUACGUGCGUGUGUGCGUGCAGCUAAUCACCGAGUGCUGCUGCUGCUGCUGCUGUAGAGGUUGCAGUAUCGUGCGCCUCUUGCUAAUGUUCCCUCGGUGGCUUUACCUAGACUUAUCCGACGCACUUUGCCUAAGCUGCGCCGAGAGACGCAGACUUACAACUCAGCACACCUCUCACCUACAUGCACUUCCCUGACGGUCUAAGACGACAGCAGACCGGAGUAUGCAAUCCUCGCAGGAUGAAGACUUAGAAUUAUUGAAAAGGUGAUUCUUCUUUGUUGUUUUAAAAGCUGAAGUGCGUAUGAAAAACAGAAAUGAUGUUUUAUUGGAGGGGUGGGGCCACCCCUCGGCCUCGACGUGUGUCUCUGCAUGUGUGCCUCCGCUGAACCGGAGGGAAAAACAAACUGGGUCUUGUUUGGAGAUAAACAGGAAAUACUUGACUCCGUACAGGAAGCUCUUGAAAGCGCUUCCCCGGCAUUAUGUGUGCGACGAUUAGAAAGGACCGACACGGAUCGUACCUCCGAGGCAAGUGUAACAUGAUAAAUAAUAUGUGCAAGCGAAGACUAAACGAGCAGGAGCAAACAAAAACCAUCUGACAAGAAAAAAAAAACAAAAAAAAAAGAAAAGCACAGUUUAUGGUGACAGCUGCUGUCACUAAUAGCUGUCGUUAUUUCCGAAGUGUUUCCGCAUUUGCUCUGUAGCUCCGUUUGUGACGAUUAAAAUGUGUGUUUAUUGAUUCGUUUGCUCGUUCGAAUAGAUUUAUCUUCUAAUUAGCUCAAAGGAAUUCCAUUCUUUCUAUGAAAGUAAAGCAUCUUGUGUGAAAGAAUCACACUUCAUCCUGUAUGAUCCUGGCAUAUGUGCUAUAUUAUGUUUGUUCCCACUCAACUGCUGUGGAAAAUGAUCUGAUGUGCACUCUGAUCGACACAUCCUUCCUGUCUCCGAUGCCUUUUUUUUUUUGUUUUUUUUUGUUUUUGUUUGUAUAAUUUCUUAUAAAGUGUACGUGGGACUGUUUCGUUUGGAUGUUAACGCUUGCUAUUUGAUUGUGUCUGACCAACAGAAGUACCUUAAAUGUAUGCUGUGUUUGAUUUGUAUAGAAAUGUGGUUUAAAAUAUGUUUAAAGAACAAAAAUCCAUUGUAAGAAGAAGGAAAAAAAAAAAGAGAUGAAGGCCUAAUGAAGCUAACACAAAUCUGUGGCUUGUGGUCGUAUUUGUAUUAAAUAAAGUUUCUAACUGAA